AUGAAUGAAAUGGAAAACACAGAUCCAAUUUUGGGGGAUGACCUUAUUUCUAAAUAUGAAAGGGAGUUGAGUACAGAACAGGAAGAGGACGCGCCUGUUAUCCUCACGCAGUUGAAUGAAGACGGUACCACUUCAAAUUACUUCGACAAAAGGAAAUUGAAAAUUGCCCCUAGAUCAACAUUGCAGUUCAAAGUUGGACCUCCAUUUGAAUUGGUGAGGAAUUAUUGUCCAGUUGUAGAAUCUCAGACUGGGAGAACACUGGAUUUGCGGAUUAUUCCAAGAAUUGACAGAGGAUUUGAUCACAUUGAUGAAGAAUGGGUAGGUUAUAAAAGGAAUUACUUUACUUUAGUGUCGACAUUUGAAACAACAAACUGUGAUUUAGAUACGUUUCUAAAAAGUAGUUUCGACCUCCAGAUUGGAGAUUCCACACUAGAAAAUGAACCAAGAGUGCAGUAUUUUGCUAUCAAGAUAAAAGCGAAGAACGAUGAUGAUGAAACAGAAAUUAAUCUCGUUCAACACACUGCGAAACGUGAUAAAGGUCCUCAAUUUUGUCCUUCUGUAUGUCCGUUGGUGCCAUCUCCUUUACCAAAACAUCAAAUCAUAAGGGAAGCCUCCAAUGUUCGAAAUAUCACUAAAAUGAAGAAAUAUGAUUCUACAUUUUAUUUGCAUAGAGACCAUGUCAAUAAUGAGGAAUAUGGGGUGGACUCUUUACUAUUGUCCUAUCCAGAAGAUUCUAUUCAAAAAGUCGCCCGUUAUGAAAGAGUUCAGUUCGCUUCGUCCAUCAGCGUGAAGAAGCCAUCCCAACAGAACAAGCAUUUUAGCUUACACGUAAUUUUAGGUGCCGUUGUAGAUCCAGAUACCUUUUGUGAUGUAAGGCCAGGAAUUUCUUACGAUGAAAUAGCUUUAAAAAAUGGUUCAAAGGGUAUAUUUGUGUAUUUGCAAGAAAUGAAAACGCCGCCUCUCAUUAUUAGGGGAAGAUCACCUUCUAAUUAUGCGUCAUCUCAACGAAUAACUGUGAGAACUCCGUCUAGCGUCAAUUCUUCUCAAAACAGCACCAAAAGAAAAAUGCCAUCAACACCACAGCCACUCAAGGAAAGUUGUUUAAAUGCGAGACCUGCGAAGAGGCGAUCUAAAGUGACAUUAGAUGGAACGAAUCCUGGUAUGUCCAUCUCACCGGUCAAGUUACGACAAUCGACACCAAUGGAAGCUUCGAAGGAAAACGACGAUCCUUUUUUUAGGCCAAAAAGAAGGGUGGAGACUCUUGAACACAUUGAAAACAAACUAGGUGCUUUGAAAAACCAAUGUCCAGAUUCCUCUUUGAAAUAUCCAAGCUCAUCUUCAAGAGGUGUAGAAGGGGCCUUGGAGAGGGAGGAUUUGGUUUAUUCGGGUGGUUUUUCCGUUAGCAUGAAGCAAAUCGAACUAAAACCAGCGCACUCAUUUGAGCAUGAAAACAUAUUAAAAAUAGGCUCGUUAGCAUUUAAGAAAAUCAAUGAAUUACCACAUGAUAAUUAUGAUAUUACGAAGGAAAAAAAGUUUAAUGAACAGAAUUAUUCAAGGGCGGAGAUAUGCUCACGAUCUGAAUGCAAAACCAGUUACGGAAAUGAACUUUCUCUUCCGAAUAUUUCUUUUUCCAUACUACCCAACUCAGCAGAAAAUUUCCACUUGGAAACCGCACUUUUUCCAGCCAUGGAAGAGGAUGUACCAAGGACAUUUUCAAGAAUGUUAGAAACAGGUUCUUUUCAAAAUUACUAUCAAAAAAUGGAAGUAGAAAACGUAGAUCGAUCAUAUUCUAAAGGUAUUAAGUUAGUUGCAAGUGGCACUCUACCAUCUGGUAUAUUCAAUAAGGAAGAAUUAUUUGAAGAGGAUAGUUUUUAUAAGCAUUAA